GCCGGGGCGCGGGUCCAUCGGAUCGGGAGCGCGCGGCGAGGCAGGCGGGGACGCACACCUGGCGUGGCGCGACGCGACCGCGGCCGCGGGGGGCGCGCGUCCUUCUCCUUCCUCUCCCCUCCCUCACCUCACCUCACGUUGCGCCUCCCAUCCCCUUCGCUCGCUCGCCUCUGCCCCGCCUCGUGAAGCCUCUCGCUCUCGCUCUCGCUUUCGCCACCGAUUCGCCCCCAGAGCGCCGCCCAUGUCGUCGUCGCCGUCGGUGCCAUCCGUGCGCCUCCCGCUCCUCCGGGCGGCGCCACCGCGGGCUGCCCCGCUCUGCCGCGGCCGCGGGUGGAGCGAUGGGGCACCGUCUCCCGCGCUCGUCGUCGUCAAGCCGCUCGCGUGCAAGGCGCCCGCGUCCUACCACUCCGCGCUGCUCCUCCACCGCCGCCGGCGGUAUGCGCUGCCCCCGGUUGCCGCCACCGCCACCUCCAAGCCCGUCCUCAAGGACCCGAAGAAGUACCAGGAAUGGGACUCCCUGACGGCCAAGUUCGCCGGCGCCGCCAACGUCCCCUUCCUCCUCCUGCAGCUCCCCCAGAUCAUCCUCAACGCCCGUAACCUCCUCGCCGGCAACAAAACCGCCCUCUUCGCCGUCCCGUGGCUCGGGAUGCUCACCGGGCUGCUCGGGAACUUGUCGCUGCUGUCCUAUUUCGCCAAGAAGAAGGAGACAGGGGCAGUCAUCGUGCAAACCUUGGGUGUCAUCUCCACCUAUGUAGUCAUUGCCCAGCUCGCCAUGGCAGAGUCCAUGCCAUUGCCACAGUUUGUGGCCACUUCAGCAGUUGUGGCCGCUGGGCUGCUAUUGAACUUCCUCAAUUACUUCGGGUGGCUCCCGGGAACCCUCUGGCUGCUAUGGGAGGAUUUCAUCACAAUAGGUGGCCUUGCUGUGCUCCCUCAGGUUAUGUGGUCAACGUUUGUUCCCUUCAUCCCCAAUAGCUUACUGCCUGGAAUAAUCUCUGGUUCUUUGGCUGCCACCGCCGUCGUAAUGGCAAGAAUGGGAAAGCUUUCUGUGGGAGGUACUAAAUUGGUUGGAUCAUUAUCUGGCUGGACGGCCACACUUCUGUUCAUGUGGAUGCCAGUUGCGCAGAUGUGGACAAAUUACCUCAACCCAAGUAACAUAAAAGGGUUGUCACCUUUCACUAUGUUGCUUGCAAUGAUUGGAAAUGGACUUAUGAUUCCUCGUGCUGUAUUUAUCAGAGAUCUCAUGUGGUUCACUGGUUCUGCCUGGGCAUCUUUCCUACAGGGUUGGGGUAACUUGGCCUGCAUGUACUGCUUCCAUAGCAUCAGCAAAGAAUCUUUCUUGGCAACAACAUUCGGACUUCUUCUGUGGCUAGGACUUACUCUCUGGAGAGAUACAAUUGCCCAUGGUAACAGCUCACCCAUGACAUCUUUGAAGGAGCUUCUUUUCGGAAAGUGAAUAGAGCUCCAGCAUGUCCAUUAAUCCAUAUGUCCCAGCAGCAAACUGCUGCCAGGUAGGAAGUUCUCCGAAUACAAUAAUUUGUGGUGACUUAGCAAAAACCUGUUCGAUCCUGGCAUUGAGAUGAAGCACUCUGGUCGACAACUUCUUGUCGUGGUGAAACUGGAGCCUCCCAAGCUUGCAGAAAGCGGCAUGUGCUCCUACAGAAGUUACCAGGUGGCCAGCUUGUGCAUCUGGCAGAGAAGAGUACAGUGUGUAGCAGAUCUUUUUUUUUUUGUAAGAAAGAACUUUAUGAUUUUCAUCUUGAAUAAGAUUGUCAGGUCAUGCUGGUAUGGAAAUAUGCAACCACUGGCCACUGUCCUUUAGGUCAUUGGUGAUGUCCA